CCCCACACCCUGGCAUUUGUGCUCCUCGUCGUUGUACUUCAUUCCGCCCCUUUCCUAAUGUGGCGUCUUGUGAGGGGAAUGGAACCUUAACUUGGCAAGGAGUAACACUUUUAUAAUCAAUGGCUGCAUUGAGACAAGCGGCUAUGUUUCGCCUACCACCUCUUCCAACAAUUGGAGAAAUUAUUAAACUAUUUAAGCUCAAAGCUCAAAAGCAGCUGUCCCAGAAUUUUCUUCUGGAUCUGAGACUUACAGACCAUGUGGAGAGAAAAAGCGGCAGUCUGAAAGAUGCACAUGUGUGCGAGGUAGGCCCUGCAGGAGGAAUCACAAGAUCUAUUUUGAAUGCUGGUGUUGCAGAAGUUCUGUUAAUUGAGAAAGAUCCUCGUUUUAUUCCAGGGCUUCAGAUGUUGUCUGAUGCAGCUCCAGGAAAAGUUCGUAUUGUUCAUGGAGACAUUUUAACAUAUAAUAAAUUAGGCAAAGCUUUUCCAGAACACCUUAUGAAGAACUGGGAAGAUGAUCCACCAGACAUACAUAUUAUAGGAAAUCUACCUUUUAGUGUUUCAACCCCUCAUAUCAAGUGGCUUGAGAAUAUAUCAAAGAGAGAUGGGCCUUUUAGAUAUGGUAGAACACAGAUGACAUUGACCUUUCAGAAGGAAGUUGGGGAGAGAUUGACAGCUAGUACAGGAGCCAGGCAGCGAAGCAGACUCAUUAUGUCUCAGUACUUGUGCAGUCACAAGUGUUUCACAAUUCCAGGUCGAGCUUUUGUUCCAAGCAGAGAUGUGGAUGUGACUGUUGUUCAUUUUACCCCAUUGGUGCAACCAAAAAUAGAACAGCCAUUUAAUCUGGUGGAGAAAGUUGUCCGAACUGUGUUUCAGUUCAGAAGGAAAUAUUGUCAUCAAAGUGUACGGGUCUUAUUUCCAGAAGCUGGACGUUUAGAAAAAGCAGAACAGCUACUCAAGCUGGCAGAUAUUGAUCCAACUCUGCGCCCGACUCAACUUUCUAUGUUUCACUUUAAAAGCCUUUGUGAUGUCUAUAGAAAAAUGUGUGAUGAAGACCCAAAACUUUUUACGUAUAACUAUAGGGAUGAAUUGACAAAGAAGCGAAACAGGAAGAGGAGCAGAUUUGGCAAAACUAAGGAUGACGUGAUGUAGCUCAUUCUAGAAAAUUAACCAGCCAUGGUGUGUGUUUCUGUCGAGUGGAAUGAAAUACAUUCCAAGUUGGAAUGUUAAGUCUUUUUGAACUAAGGUAUGUGAAAUUCAUUGAAGAGAGAACAGCAUAAAAAACAAAGCACACCAAUUGCAUUUAGCAUUUUACUGUACAAGCUUGUAGAGAAAAAUGAGAAAUACAGUAAGAUUACAGUACAGGCUUUUUAUAUUUACAUAUGUAUAUAAAUCAAGUAUAAACAUCUUAGUGCAGGACUUUAAUUUUUCUAAGAUGAAUUUAAAAAUAAUUUUUGCUUUAAAUGCCCCAAAUUAAAGUUGCUUGAACUUUCUCAAAAGAACAUAGGUAUUGACAAGAGUUCAUCCCCUUUUCAAAAGUUUAAAAAAAUCCCUUAAUUUUAUUUAAAUGAGAUUACGCUGCCCUGAAUCGUAAACAGCUCACUCUAUAAAUUUCUGUUCCACAAUAAAUUAAAAUAACUUAAGCCUUUACAACUACUUCUGUGGAAAACACAGUAGUGCAUUAAAUUGAAUAGUUUCUCAAGUUACAAUAAUCACCCUUUUUAAAGUAUGUAAAUCUGUAUGUGGUGAUGCUGGAAUCAGGCAGCUAGGACUUUCCAUGUCUGUCUACUGUUUCAUAAAAGCAGUCCUCAUUAACCACUGAAGUUAAACUUUGUACACUAAAUUCUCUUUCUAAAAUAGAAUUCAGGUCAAAACUUGCAGCAUCUGGAUGGCUGUCAAGAGACUGGUGCCGUUCUUGCAUUGCCAGUAAUGUUCCUUUGUCGCGUCUUGUGCUGUUCACUUUCCGUUUAAUAGGGCAAAAGUGUGCCCUGACUAGUUUAGGGUGAUCACCCACCCUCCGCCCUUCUCCAUACCCACUCUCAGAAGAAUAUUUAUCCUCUGUAUCAUCACUAGGAUUCUCGGAAAUCUUCAGCCGCUGGAACUGAAUUUCUAUGUCUUUUGUGGGACUGCCUUUCUUUAGAAUCUGCUGGUAGUCAUCCUCGUCGUCACUUAAAAUGUCAGAUUCUUUGACAGGACUGUUUGAAAAAUCUGAUGCAUAGUUCUGGAGAUGUUUCACUGGAGACAAAUUUUUUGAUUCCAGGAUGCUAUCAGUGGUAUGACAACUGCUACUUGGAGUACUGCUACUCAGGCUGCAUUCAUCAGAAUCCAAUUCAUUUACUUUGCCUGCUUCAGUGUUCCAUUCAUUACUGGGAGAGUUCUUCAUUAACUUUAAUGAUCUUGAGGAAGCUGCCAGGGUAAAAACACAUGCUAAAUUCCUAUACUCAACAACUCUGGCAAGCAUAACAAU